AUUCCGUACAUGAAUUAGUGUCUUGCAAUUCAUCAAGCUGGAAUUCUUUUCGCCAAUCAAUCAUCAAUCUCGAGUAACCCUUAUUAUAUUUUCGAUAUGAAUGUCGAAAAUCUGCCAUGUGUAACUACUAGCAUUACCAAACAAGCUAUGAACGCAAGAAAAGAAAAUAUUCGUGUAGCUGAUAUCUCUUCUGAAUUAAGUGAGAGUGAUCUUUUAGAGCUUUCACUUAUUUAUGGCAUUCCACCAAAUUACCGCUUGAUACUUCCCACAAGCGACGUGCGCAUAAUUGAUCAUCUGAAUGCCGAUCAAAUAAUGGUAUAUGAGGAGGACUUACGAGUUGGUGUUCGGUUCCCUCUUAGUAAAGAAAUCUUUGAUUUCCUUAAUACUUAUGAAGUUACAUUAAGCCAAAUUGAACCAAAUAGUUUAUGUAUGUUGAUUGGUUUAUCAAUACUUGCCGCAAGAAAUGGAUGUGAGCUCACUAUGGGGGUAGUUAAUGAAAUGUAUGAUCUCAAAUUUCGAGAGAUAGAAGAUCACUAUUAUCUCUCUGCUAAGGAUGGCUUCGAUAUCUUUAGCGAGGAAGGAAAAAUUACUUCUAUGAAAGGAAAUUGGAAGAAAAAAUUUUUCAUUUUACAACAUCCUACUUGCUUUGGCAUUCCAACCACUUGGUCUUUUAAGCCUCUUUUUCCGAAACCUCAAGGAGAGCUUACACUCGAAGAAAGAAAAUGUGUCGUUUUUCUUCGACAAAGAGGGUGCAAGGCUAUCAAUUUGAGCAAACUCUUAGCUCAAAAAUGUCUCACCUACUUGGAUAGCAGGCCUUUAUUACCUCGCAAGCCACCAUUUGAUAUGGCUUCAAAAGGAAAACUCAAUUUGAACAAGUUAGCCGAACAAAUGAAGAAAAACAAAGAGAAGGAAUUGGAGACUAGUGGCAGAAAAUUGAGUCACCAAGCGAGUAAAGCUCGAGAGCAAGCAAAUAUUAUUUAUUCUGGUAAUCCACCCUUGUCUCAAGGAAAUGCAGGAGUUGUUCCUCGGGUUCCUGCCCUAGUAACAAAUAUUAGUAGAGAUAUCAAGUAUUCACAAAAGAGAACUCGGGUUGAGGGUUCAGUAUCGGCGCACAACUCAAUUGAUGAGUUAGAGAUUUGUCCUGACAUCCGAAAGUACAUUCUAAAGCAAUAUGCUGAGAAUGCAACAACACAAAAGGUUGUUCCCGAGAGCCAAGAGCUAGCCCGAUUAUGUCUUCUACCAACAGACAAAGCUUUCUUCGAUAGGAUGGACAUAGAAAGCAUUCAUCAAAAUGUGGACAAAUCCUUAUUUAUGCUUUUGAAUGCUAAUCAUGCUUAUAAUCGCCAUAUACACCGGUUGAAGGGUUUAUUGACUGAGGAAGAAAUAAAGAAAAAUGAAUUGCACCAUAAAUUAGAGUUAGCUCAUGCCACCAUGGUCGAACAAACUACUAGGUCCAAGAAAAAUUUUGAGGAGUUGAACUACCAAUUUCAAGCACUGAAGCUCCAAUAUCAGGCUAACAUCAAGCGUCUUCAAUUGCAAGAAUCUCUUAUCUACACUUUUAAGUCUGAGAUAACUCAGUUGAAAAAUGAUUUGCGUCAUGCUCGAGAACAAGAAGCUGUGGCGAGUAAUGGCCUUACUGAUGCGAUGAUAGCUUACCAACACAAAAUAGUGUCUGAGUUGAAUUUGCGCCAUCCAGGCCGAGAUUGGAAUUUCAUCUAUGAAAUUUUUCCAGAAAAUGAGCAUGAAGUUACUGAAAGUCGUCGACCAAGAGGGUGAUCAUUAUGAAGACCUUGCAGGCUUGGACUAUCAGAACCAAGACUAAGCUUUAUAUUUUUUGCCCUUUGCGUAGUCCAUUUCCUGUUGCCUUAUUAUUUAUGUAUGAACUAAAUAACUCCCCUCAUUGUCUAGUUUCAAAAUAAUUUUAUAUUUCUUCGGAAAUAUGUAUGUUUCAGACAUCUUAUCAAAAUCUCAAAUUAUGUUCUACCUGUUGCUUGG